UUUUAUUGAUAUGUGUUGUGCUAGAAAUGCAUGAAAUCACGUAUAAACCAUUAUGAACUGAAAUAAUUUUGAUGCCUUUAAAAUGAAAAAAGCACUUGCACUGCUCAAACAAUGAAAACAAACACAACUGUCCACUUAGGAAACAACUCUGGUGGACAAUCCAUUCCACCUGCUGGUGUGCAAAUGGAAAAGCACAGCUGCAUAAACCAACCUUGUAUGUGAUAAUUAGGCGGAUCCUACGUUAAGCUACUACUUGUGUAUGACAUAAAAUGCUGUUUGUAGAGAUUUUUUUUAUAUUCAUUUUUUUCGCGUACAAACUUUACAAAAACACCAGUGUCUUUAAACACGUAGUACAUAGAGAUGCUGCAGCAGGGUCCCAGGAGGAGGGAACAGAUGUUUUUUUUUAUCAUCUGGUUGGAUCGACGCAGCAACGCGCAUGCGCGCAUUCUGUGUUUAUGGUUGCCAGCAAGGUAAAACUUCGCUGCAAUUAAGAAACAUUAACGCGUCUUUUAAACAUAAAAAGCGAAUUCAAACUGUUAGUUACCGGGAGGCUGGUUCGUGUUGUGUGUGGAGGCGUUGGGGCGAAGCUGGCUGGCUGUUGCUGACUUUCCUCUUGUGAAAAAUCGUGUUUUGGGAAUAAUCGUGAAGACGGAAGUGAGUCUUCCCCGCUUCCUAUCAAGCCUCUCAAAUCGACGCAUGGAUGACAGUCCUUGGAUGUUUAUUAACGUUUUGUUUUCACAUUUCUAGUUUCGUCCCAAACAUAGUCAAGAGUUUUUAUUUACCUGCGAGUUUCUCCGGUUGCCUCGGGAUGGCAGCGGCUGCGGAAGCGCGGGAGAGCCGCGGCAGGAGCGGAGCUGCGCAGGUAACAGGUGACGGAGAACCGGAGGAGGCCGAGGAGUUCACAAGCGCGGCGCACUGUUUGGAGCUGGCCAGGCGGCAGAAUGAGCAAAGAAAGAUGGGGCUGUUCUGUGACUUGACCCUGAUCUUCAGCUCCAGAGGGGUGUCCGGGGAGAGGAUCCAGACCCUACAUGCCCACCGCUCCGUCCUCUCCGCGGCCUCCCAGUACUUUGAGCUGCUGCUGGGGGGACAGUUCUCGGAGUCCCGCACCGGCAGAGUGGAGCUGAGGGAGUGGAGCUCGGAGACCGGGCCCGACCCGGACACCGUGGAGAACGUCAUCCAGUUCAUGUACACGGGGGAGAUCCGGGUCACCGCUGGAAACGUCAAUGAUGCACUGGAGCUGGCUGACAGGUUCUUGUUGGGGCAGCUGAAGAGCUUCUGUGCAGAGUUCCUGGUGAAGAACUUGACCUUGUCCAACUGUGUUGCUGUACAUAGUCUAGCCCACAUGUACUCUCUGGACCAGCUCGCUCAGGAAGCCGCCAAGACCAUCAGGAAAAAAUUCCACCUAAUUAUUUGCAACGAAGAGUUCUACGCACUGCCGUUUCAUCUGUUACGAGACUGGCUGUCAGACUCUGAAAUCACUGUGGAUUCUGAGCAGGAGCUGUAUGAGGCUGUCGUGAAAUGGGUCCACCAAAACCCAAAGGAUCACGAGAAGUACUUUGAAGAGUUGUUUAGGCUUCUAAGGCUGCCACAGAUGGCUCCUACCUACCUGACACGUGUGGUGAAAAAGGAACCUUUGGUGGCGAACAGUGCAGCGUGUUACCAGCUGGUGCAGGAUGCUCUGGAGUUUCACGCCGUUUACCCUGAGGGCCACAGACGAGCUCCUCCAGAGCUCUGUGCCUCCUACGGGGGGCUGACCCAGCCACGCAACGGCCAGAACAUGGAUGUGAUUAUGGUGAUAGGCGGGGUUUCAGAAGGCGGAGAAUACCUCAGUGAAUGUGUGGGAUACUUUGUGGCUGAGGACCGCUGGGUCUACCUGCCACACAUUCACAACCACCUAGAUGGACAUGCCAUCACCACCACUGCGGACCAUGUUUAUGUGGCGGGCUCCAUGGAGCCUGGAUUUGCAAAGAUGGUGGAACGCUACAACAUGAGCCUGAACAGCUGGGAUCAGGUCAGUAGCCUGGUCACGCGUAAGCACUCGUUUGGCCUCAUGUGUGUGGGAGACGUCCUCUACGGCAUCGGUGGUCAUGGGAACUUCAGUCCAGGCUUUAAGGAUGUCUCUGUGUACAAACCUGAGCUGGAUGAGUGGACCAGCCUUGAGCCGGCACCAAAGAUCCUACGAGACGUGAAAGCGGUGAGUGUGGAGGAUCGCUACGUGUACGUGAUGGCCAGGACCCCUGUAGACAUAGACCAUGAUGAUGGACUGAGCACUGUGACCAUGUGCUAUGAUACAGAGAGUCACAGGUGGCAGGAAGUGCAGUCAUUACCUCUAAUGGAUAACUACUGUACUUUUCAAAUGGCUGUGGCCUCCACACCCUUCUACCACACCGCCUCCUGUUGCUCCAAGAACUACAAUGUGACAUUUGAGUCUGCACAGCAGAAGAUGAGCAGGAACAUCCCAGAAGAAAUCCUCAGCAGCCUCCCUUCAGAGGUUCUCGGAAUAGAGGGUGCUGCUAUUUGCCACCUCGGAGAUGACAUCUUCAUCAUCGGAGGGUGGGGGAACAGCAGCAGUUUGGAAAGGCAGUAUCGCAAGGAGGCGUAUCGGUACUGUGCAGAGAGGAAGCGCUGGACACUGCUGCCCCCCUUACCCGAGCCGCGCUGCCGAGCAGCAGCCUGCCACGUUCGAAUCCCGUACCGCUACCUCUGCGGCCAAGCUCGCUACCCCAUGCCACAGAACCUGGCUCGCCAACGAGAUCGCAUGCAGCAGAUGCAGCAGCUCCAUCGACGCACCCUCACCCUGCGGAGACAGCUGCAAUCACAGAUCGAAUGCUGAAGUGAGGAUCAAAGAUUCUGUUGUUUAGCUGAACUUAAUCUGCAAAUAAACAACUUUCUGUAUCGAUAAAUCUGUCUGAUUUUAACGCCUUUACCAGUUUAUCUGCAGCUGGCUUUAAUGGAAGGAAUGAAGGCUGAUUAUGUAGAAAAAGAAUCGUUUGAUUAUCUGGCAAAUCGGUGAUCUCUUUCACAUGAUUCUAGACUUUUUAGUUAACUUUUAACCUGUAGUAAAUUAAACUAAUAAUAGUUACUGUGAUAUAAAAAGCACAUCUUGAUUUUUUAAGAGAAAAAUAUAAUUUUUCUUUUUUUUAACCAUCGCUAUUUGUUUUCUGGAAUAUUUUUCGUCUUAAUUUCAGUGUUGAGAUAAAAAUACAACUUAAAAUAUUGCUGCACUUGCAUUGUGUUUCAGGGCAGUGCCAAAAUACUCAACCAACUGAAAAGAAAGGUUUAAAUAUUUUUGCUCCCUUCCUAGUUUUCAUGUAAGAAUCUUGUUUGUCUUGUCUUUUUUUUUUGCUUUUACUUUUUAACAUUUGAAGCUGAUUUAGCUUUGAGAUGUGUAUUAUUAUUAUUAUUAUUAUUAUUUGUACCUAAAUAGUUCAAUUGAACAAAAUAUUGUGUUUGAAAGUUGUUCAAAUGCUGCAACAAGAAGUUAUUUUUGUAAACUACAUUCCUACUUUUCCUUGUACGAUAUCUAACAGUUUCAGGUUUAGGAAGUUUGACCUGAAUCCUUUGUCUUUGUCUUUCUUUUGCAGCUGUGAAAUUUAUAUAAAUAUUGUGCUGACUGAUAUACAAAUUUUAUUUUGUACACACAAAAAAAUCUGAUUUUUUUUAAGGAUCAGCUGAUGUAGGCAUUGUGCGAGCAAACACAUCCCCAAUGUGUGUGCACUUGUUUAGACAUAAACAUCAGCGAGGAGGAUGAGUCUCCUAACAGGUUAUGCUUCAAUACUCGGACUGUAAUUCUGCAGUAAUAAAAACAUUCCUGAGUUUAAA